AUGGUUUGUUCAGACCUCGUAAGAUUUACCUAUUAUUUAUUUAAAAGUCUUGGCCUUGCCCCGAUAACUUACCGUGAAAAAAAGCAAUUUCAUCGAUCUAUUGCAGGUAUUUUUUACAAUACCAUCCUGAUAACUUGUAUAUUAGCAAUGAGUUACGUUGCCAUCAAACUAUCAGUAAACGAAAGAGCCAUGAUUGUUUUCGACAGUGUCAUUAACAUCGGAUACAAAACCAUUAGUGGUUCGAUAGGUAUUAUAAUACUUUUAUCCUUCAUUCACCAUCAAAAUCACAUAGUAAACAUCGCCAACAGAUUAAAAGAUCUACACGAUUUACUAUGCAGCAGCUAUAACGAUACAGCAAAGAAAUUCGUUAAGAAUACUUACAUCCUCAUUAUGUUGUCUUGGCUACCUAUGCUUCUAUCUUUACCCAUUGAAAAUUUGAAUAAUUAUGAAAUUGCUGUAUACUACAUUGUCACUUAUAUUUGUGAAGCGAUUGUCAAAGGUACGAUUUUUCAAUACAUCAUCAUUUUAAACUUCAUCAAACAGUUAUUCGAGACUGUUAAUAAUCACUUGAACGACGUAAGGCAAUUAAAAAAUCCUACGAAAGAUCAAUUUUCGAGGCUAUUUAGACAACAUUCGUUGCUCAUCGAGAUGUGCGAAGAUUUGAAUGAAUUUUAUUCGAUACCCGUACUCUCGAGUACUUUAUUUAUUUUCGUAACUCUUAUUCUCGCUUCCUAUUAUGUUAUCAAGCCUUUGAUUUUUCACACGACCGAGUUGACAUUGAACCUUCUAUUACGCUGUUUAGCGACAUUGAUUCAUGAAUUAGCUAUCUUAUACUAUUUUACCAAAACUACUUCCAGUGUUAUCAAAGAGCUGCAUCAAUUUUCUACAUGUCUACUACAUCAAAAUGUAAAAUUUUCCACGGCUGGUCUCCUCAGCCUUGACGGGUCUUUAUUGAUGUCGGUUAUUGGUUCAAUUACAACAUAUAUGGUGAUUCUUCUUCAGUUUCAACAUCAAAAUUCAAGUUAAUGACUUUUCAAAUUUGCAUAAGUAAGCUCUUUUUGAGAAAAUA